AUGGAAAGAGCGGAGGGAGCGCCAGCAACCAAUAGGAAGCAGGGGGCGUGCCCCGGCAGCGGGAAGCGGGCGGCGGGGAGCGCGGCCCUGCCCGGGACGCCCCGUCCGGGGCACCAAGGCCAAGGGGGGGGGGCGUGCGCUUCGCCCCGAGCCCCCCGCCCCCGAGGGGACCCCGGCCACGUGCGGUUCGAGCAGAGCCUGCGGGACUCUGCGGUGACAGUGACACGGGAGAGGGACGGCAGCUUCCUGGUCAAGGGUACAGUCAGUGCAGUCAGGGUACAGUCAGCACAGUCAGGGUACAGUCAGUCAGGGUACAGUCGGUACAGUCAAGUACACGGUCCGCGGGAGGGGGUGCUGCGGGAGGAGGUGGUCCUGGCUCGUGAGGCGGGUGACGGGGCCACCAUCAGGGUGGUGGUCCAGGCCCGCGGAUGGGACCCGCCACCACGGACCCCAUGCUGCUUGGACGGGGUGCGCUGCAUCGGCACCGAGCUGGAGUACGACUCGGAGCACAGCGACUGGCACGGCUUCGACUGA